AUGGCGCCACGGGGAAGAGCGCGAGCACAUCGAGGUGGAAAUGAAAAGCAAGAGCGACAGGAUGUUGAAGCGCAACAACUCCACUACUGGCGCAGGUUUUUUAGCAAGUUUCCACGAGCCACCCAGGCCAGCACCCUACGCGCGCGCUGCAGUUCGAGUUCCGCCGCAAGCCAGUCGCCCGGCGUCUCAGUGAGUUUUCUCUCUGGAGGAGCGCACCCAUCGAGUUCGAGCGGGCAGAACUGCGCGCCGCUUUCGAAUGGAAGCGCAGCCCCGCCGGCCCGCGGCCUGCUCUUUCGUCGCGCCGCGCCCGCGUCGCGUCUUUGCUGAGGAAGUUGCGCGCGGGCGCCCGCCUCUGGCCUGGCGCGCGGCAGAUUGGCGCGCGCGCUCCCCGGCCCAUUCUUUGGACAACGUGAACAAGAUCAGGACUUGUACGAUGACGAUACGCACGAAGACGAUAUCUACGACUACGGCGACGAUUUUGAACAAGUUCAAGGGGUCGUGAAAAAUUCUGUUCCGGCACAGUGCAAAAGGCAGAAACAGGGCCCCGGUGGAGGUCGGAAUGGAGCUGCGCGCGGGCCUCCCGGCGCUACGCGCGCCGGCCCCCUGCUUGAGGCCGCGGGCCUGUCGUCGGCCUGCCGCCCGUGCUUGCAGCACUGAUCGCCGGGUGCGCCCGUCGAGUCAAUUCCAAUUGUCGGCCCGCCCCGGCCCGCCAUUUGGGUGUUGCCGAAGUUUGUUCGGUCGCGCCGUGGUCUGUUUGACUUUGGGCGAUCGAAUUACGUGGGGCGCCGGCAGGGGGAGGGGCAAGAACAUACAAACAAAAGUUGGCCGCGGCCGCCGUUCGACGAUGGAGCGCGCGCACGCACAAGCAUGGUUGUUAAAGCGAAAUAACAAGCGCAAGCCCAGUCGCGAGCUAGUCAAUGCAUAGCCGCGCGCUUCCGAUGCAUGGUCAGCAGCAUCGACUAGGGCUUCUGACAUCCCGCAGUGAAAUUGCCAGUCCUCGUGUUCGGGAGCAAUCGUUCAGAUUCAGAGCGCACUAAGUAUGGAGAUGAGGCCCCUAACAAACAUGAGCCGCGUGAGUGGAUGUAUGUUCCGUCGAUGUAUGUUUGUAGAAGGAAGAGGAUGGUUGAAGAUCAUCUGAAACAGGAUUUCUAAAUCUUCUUUUUCAAAAGUAAGAGCUUAGCUUCUUUUCGGGACGAGGAGUAGACUUUCCGUACGUGUUCAACGAAUUAGAAAGUAAUCAGAAGGUGAGGGUGGGACGACGAAGUACUACGAGUAAAAAAGAGGAGCCAUAGAACAAUGAGCACCGCUUCGAGCAAUAAUUGUAGAGUGGAAGAGCAGCAAGAGCAAGAGGUGCUCUCGCCUCAGUGGCUGCGAUCUUUACCGAGAAGUGGGACCAUUUUGCUCCGCGCCACGACUAGAAGCGCCAGAGCAGGAACGCAGAGGGCAAAACAAAAUGAAGAGACAAGCCUCCGCCGUCGCGUUUUGGCAAAGCCAAAGCAACAACGUCGCCGCCGCGCAGCUGCGCCAGAACGUGAGCAACCAGAGCGGAGGCGCCAAGCUGCAGGGCCCUCCGAGCAGUAUGGACAUGAUGGGCAUGGAGAUCGAUCCCUAGCGCCGCGGCGGGAGGGAUGAGCGACGUCUCGGCGCUGGAGAUAGCGGGCGCGACAUCUUCGCUUGGGCGCCAGCCCCUUGCUUGCUCGCGGAAUGUUGGUGCGCGCGCGCCCCGG